AAUGGGGGAGGCUCAUCCGUCCACGUGAAGCAUCAAGAUCAACGCAGUUGUCGAAUCGCUGUCCCGCUUUCAAGUUUCCAAAACCACUCCACUCCACAGCUUCCCUUCUUAAACCUUCUAUCCAGCCAAACCCCAUCCCUAUCGCCAAAGCCAAAUCUCACUUUCUUUGUGGUUUUAAUUUUAGAGACUAAAUGGCAGAUUGGGGGCCGGUGGUUAUAGCGGUGGUGCUGUUCGUGCUGCUCAGUCCUGGCCUCCUCUUUCAGAUCCCAGCCAGAUCAGGACGAGUCGUUGAAUUUGGGAACAUGCAAACAAGUGGGGCUUCCAUUUUAGUCCACGCCGUCAUCUUCUUCGGCCUCAUCACUAUCUUCCUCAUCGCCAUCGGCGUUCAUAUCUACACUGGCUAAACUCUGUUCUUCUCUUUAAUUUAUGCCCCUGUUAUCUGUACGUUUCUUUAUUGGCUUUUUUUUUUUCUUUUCCUAAUUUAUCGGUUGUUGUUACGAGACUUGUGAUUGAUACUGUAUCAUUGGGGUUUCAAUGUAAAAUUGGUUUAAUUUGAAACGAGAUCCUUAAAUUGAA